CUGUGACGUAGAGGACGUCUCUCCUGCAAAUGCGACGAGAUAGACAUUUAAUACUGUCUUUCUUCCCGUACUCUCACUUCUGUUUGGAGGGUUUUCCAGCUGUUGGAUCCGUGUUUUUAUCCCCCGUGGGUCAGCCCGGGACUGUGUUGGAUCCUUUCGGCUGCCGCGGAGAUGGAUUGAUCCAUUAAUCCAGGCGGAAAGGGGGGGAGAAGAAGCAGAGCCGAGCCUGGAGAGAACUGAGCGUUAGCCGGAUAGCCAUGGAGGCAGUCAGAACAACCCGGGAAUGUUGUGUCACUAAAAACUCCGCGUUGUUCAAUCGGAUCAGAUUCUAAAUCUUUAUUAUAUUGUGAAACUGUUGGUUUCUUCCACGCAGAUCCUGCAAAACUGCGUGCACGCGCCCUGAAUAUGUCAACCGUCUGUGCAAACUAUACAGAGACCUUAAUAGUUACUCCAUACAUCUCUUCCUGCAGCCUUAAAUUCCAGUUUUCACAAACUUUAACCCCAUAAAACUGAUUUAAUGUGUAGAGUUGGUAUGUGUUUUUAAGCAUACCCCCUCCCUCCUCUCCACCCUUAAAGGUUUAACUUGAACUUUGACCCCUGGACUGCAGGCUGUCAGCAGGAGGCCCAGCUGUAGUUAUAUGGGAAGCAGCUCUGGCUGCAGCAGGGCAGCAGUAGGUCAGCAAUGGGAGGCUCUGUGUCCUGCUGCUUCUCUCCGGGGGAGAGUCCAAAGCUCCACAGGAGACACGUGGACCUGGAUGAGUGUCCCAUCACCACCACAGAGGACGUGAGCGAGGACACCGGGACUUACCUGCAGCACAUCAGCGACAGAGAGCUGCCUGACGAGCUGGCCCAAGAGGCGAACCCUUCGGACCACCCCAGAGCCAGCACCCUCUUCCUCAACAAGUCCCAGACAGAUGUGCGCGAAAAAAGGAAAAGCAACUACAUGAACCAUACGUCCCCGGGGCUCCUGAAUAAAAAGUACAGCUCCUGCUCGACAAUUUUUAUCGACGAUAGCACAGUCAGCCAACCAAACCUUAAGAGCACCAUCAGAUGUGUUGCUUUGGCCAUAUACUAUCACAUCAAAAACAGAGAUUCCAACCGUUCGUUGGAUAUAUUCGAUGAGAAGAAGCACCCUCUGUCUAGAGAAAAAGUCCCUGAUGACUAUUCAGUGGUUGAUCCUGAACACAAACUGAUCUACCGCUUCAUCAGGACGCUCUUCAGCUCUGCGCAGCUCACGGCAGAGUGCGCCAUCGUCACUCUGGUUUACCUGGAAAGACUUUUGACAUACGCAGAGAUUGACAUUUGCCCCUCCAACUGGAAGCGCAUCGUCCUCGGUGCCAUUCUGCUGGCCUCCAAAGUUUGGGAUGACCAGGCCGUGUGGAAUGUCGAUUAUUGCCAGAUCCUAAAAGACAUCACAGUGGAGGACAUGAAUGAGAUGGAGCGGCACUUCUUGGAGCUUCUUCAGUUUAACAUCAACGUCCCGGCCAGUGUCUAUGCCAAGUAUUACUUCGACCUGCGCUCUCUGGCAGAUGACAACAAUCUCAGUUUCCCUCUGGAGCCACUUAGCAACAAGCGAGCCCAAAAACUGGAGGCUAUAUCCAGAUUAUGUGAGGACAAAUACAAGGACUUGAGCAAAUCUGCCAUGAGGAGGUCCAUGAGUGCAGAAAACAUGGUUGGCAUCAAGAACUCACACGCAGUGCUAUCUUGAACCACAAAGAAAGCAUCUUUUAUCUUAUUAAAUGAACUGAAACAACUCCGAAAGGAAUUUAAGAGAAGACAAACAUCGUCAAGAGAUUAAACGUCAAUUUUAGAUUCUAAAUAUACAACACUAUAACAUUAUUAAUCCUGUCUUUGUGUUAAUUAAAAAAAAA